CUCGAUCGCGCGCUGCAUGCAAUGCGGCAAUUCGCAUUUCUCUUACUAGCCUAGUCGGCCGGCCUUGUUGAAAGGCCGUCCCGUUUGCUUUCACACUAUCACACUUGCCCACCUGCAUGUUUCCGUCCCAAUAUUCGAGCGGUGAUGUGUUUGAUUUUCUCAAUCGAGUCUGAUCGUAGACCUCGGCCAACAUUGUGACUGUCCAAAUAUCACUUGCCCAGGUGAUAAUCUGUGACACAAUCCUCGUAUUCCCCUUAGACAUGUUGUUCGCCACCCUGGCAUUGUGUUUGUUAUUCUCGUUCAGCGUUUCGUCGCCCGCCUCGAGCUUGCAGAACACAACACGAUGCCUUUCGGCACACAAUGUUACUCGCAUGCGCGUUCUACGCCCUCACAGCCUGUUUUCGUCCGGCUGUGUGCGUGAACAGCAGUCCGUUGGUAUCUUUUGAGAUAUCUCACUCAAACCCGCCUGGUUCGAAUACCAUCAAGGGAGGGAGUGGUGAAGGUGAACAACGCCUGACAGGGAGUAGACUUGUCAUUGCAGCAGACCAGAAGGACACUUGGAGUCCUUUUCGAGAUGCUCUUUCUGCACAGGCAGCCCUCUUGCCAACGGCACCUUCAAACGAAGUGAUCAGUUCAGUUUCCGUGGCUGCAAGGCUCUUGCCGGAGUCCACACCCACCGCGAUUCCCACACCAUCUCGAUUUCUUCAAGCGGUUGAGCUGGUGGAUAAUGGUGCAGCAGGAAGCAUAGCCACAGAAGCACCCUCGUUGAGAACACAAUUACGAAGAUUCUCCCUGGCCAAUGCCACUGCGUCCUCACCUCUAACGACGACAAUGAGGGCGACAACUACGGUCUAUGUCAACCCUCACGACUGCACUGAAACCUCAACACCAACAGAUGCAAUGGCGCGACACUCCAUUCCUGUAUCAGACGCCGGACAAAAAGGGGGCAUUGCAGGCGGCACAGUCGGCGCUGUGGUUCUAGUGGCCGUCCUGACCCUGUUCUGCUACAGGCGUGUACGGCGGAGGACACGAAACAGGAGGGGAUUAAUGAGCCCUUCCGACUCGGGCUCCACGACCGAUGAUGCCGAGCGCGGCAUGGUCAGCCACGCGGGCCUAUUCGGCUCGGACGACAAGACCGCCAGCGCCCCAGAGAGCUUCACGGCCGAUGUGCCACAGAUCUCAGAUCCCUCGGUCGUCACGACCACAUCUGCACAGGUCCCAAUAUGCUUCCGGCCGUCCCGCCGCCUCGUCAGCCGAUACCCCAGCCUCCCGGUGACGCCGACGGCCAGCGUGCGGGCGUCUGACUACCUCAACCCGGUGGUCCGCGAGACGGUCCUGCUGCCUCGGGCCCUGAGGCUUGCGGGCAGGACGACGCUGGUGCGAAGGCAGUCAUGGCAGGCGGCACCGCGCAGACAACCAGCACCAGACGAGUCAGCCGAGCACCCCGACGGCAGCACCGGCUGGAGGAACAGGGCCAAGAGCGGCAGCUGGACCGGCACCAGGAGCAAGAGCUGGGGCAAGGGCAGGAGCACGAGCGCGACCAACAGCAGCAGCAGCAUAUACAGCUCUGAUGCGACGUUCGACUUUGCCGAGUACGUGACGAUCGGAGCCCGGACGUCGCGGGGCAGUGGGACGGCCACGCAGCGCGCGAGUGCGACGACGGACGCGUCGGGCCUGAGGAGCACGCUGGCCAACUUCCCUCGGCCGCCGCCAUAUACGUUCUCCCGCGGAGACGGUAGGGGCCUGGGGACGAGCUGGCGCGAGAGCUUUGUGUUCUCGACGCCUGAUGACGAGGUGCUGCUGGCGUUUCCUGAGCUUGCCAGACAGGUAGAAGAUGAGAGUCCCUAGUUGUAAUUUCGGUACACGGUGGGUCAGGUAAAUAUACCUAGGUACAUUGGAACCUCAAGGUCCAAAAGUCGGUUUUUUGGCAGGUCAGCGUUAGCCAGGCGUACAUACUUGGUCUUUCAAAAUGGUGGUUAAAUUCGGCAUGGCAGGAGUUUGGUAAUGUGUGGCUUCUGGCACAAUAUAGGUAACCAUAUAUGUGCAUAUAAAUGUGUGCAUGUAUAUAUAUAUUCGAG